CCGCAGUGUUGUAGCGAGUUUUGAACAUGUGCGCAAACUGUAAAGUGUUGCGAUAGAGCGUGCAAUCACAUGCGAACCAAAGCACUGCUUGAAUCUGUGUAUGUGACAUGUUUAUAAGGACACAGCAUUGCGAAGUCGAAGGUUAUCCGUCAUGGAGACAGACGUGACCUGUGGUAGUGGUCCAUUACUGACUCAAUGACUGAUUAGUGUUGACGUGUUGUGCUGAGAAAUCUGCGAUGAGGAGUAACUUAUGAUCUUAUGUGAAGCAAUUCCGUUUUGUUUGUUUUUAGUAUUAGUAGAUCUGUGUUUGUAGUUGAAUACAAAUCCUUUUGCGUCCAUGAAAUCGUGGUGAAACGAAGCCUAAGCUGUCCCUCUGAGCAGUCAGCCGACAGGAGGUUGUUUACAAUAUUAGUUCCUAAAGUUUCCAGCAGAUGGCGUGGAGAAGAUUGACCAAUCAGCGUAUAUUCAUUGACUCCCUGGCGGUUUUUACGAUUGCGGGAAACUCCUUUACAUGGAUUUGCGCCAGAAGACAUUUUUUAGGGGAUCAACCGACGCGAUCUAAAAAAACAAAAUCAGCGACAGGGACGUCAUAUGAAAGAUUUGGAGAAAUGUUGGGGACGUUAGAAAACUUACGAAGUAUGAAACUAAAGACACCAUCACAGGAUGCUGCAGAUGAUUACAUCAGUGAUGUGAAGAAGGAGUUCACUUUUCCCCAGGAUCAGAAACACUUUACGGUUUCUGUGGAAGGGAACAUUGGUUGUGGGAAAACUACACUCCUGGAAUACUUCAAGCAUUCAGCCAGUGUCCAGGCACUGAAAGAACCAGUAGAGCAGUGGACCAAUAUACAGGGGCAUAAUGCUUUGGGCCUGUUGUAUGAGGAUCCUUCAAGAUGGAGUUUCUCAUUUAAUAUGUAUGCUCAACUCACCCGGAUCCAGAUGCACACCAAGCCUCACACCAAGCCCAUCAAGAUGUUAGAGCGCUCCCUGUACAGCACCCGCUACUGCUUCGUGGAGAACAACUACCGCAGCCAAACUAUUAACGGCCUGGAAUAUGCAGUACUGACGGAAUGGUUUGAUUGGUUGUCAAAAACACAGAAGGCUGAGUUAGAUCUGAUCGUAUAUUUGCGGGCCGACCCUGAAGUGUGCUAUGAGCGAAUAAAAAAGAGAUUGCGAAAGGAAGAAGCGAGUGUGCCAAAGAAACUUAUUGACGACCUCCACGACCUCCACGAGGAUUGGCUGGUGAAGCAGACGUUAGGUUCCGUCCCUGCUCCUGUGUUGAUUCUUGAUGCCAACUGUGGAUAUGACAAGAUGAAGACUCUGUAUGAGGACAAGCGCCAGGAGAUUCUAUGUGGCUAUGUUUAGUAGAGACUCCACAUUAGACUAGUGUACAUAGUAGUGUCUUCUAGUGUAGCAUGAUGAGCGACUGUGUGAGGGGUCUGAAUUCAUGAGAGAGAGAGAGAGAGAGAGAGAGAGAGAGUGUGUGUGUGUGUGUGUGUGUGUGUGUGUGUGUGUGUGUGUGUGUGUGUGUGUGUGUGUGUGUGUGUGUGUGUGUGUGUGUGUGUGUGUGUGUGAGUGAGUGAGUGAGUGAGAGAGCAAGAAAUUUCAUGGCUGGCAUAUUCCUUUGAUAUUGAUGGGAUGUCUACAAGUUGGGUCUUAAAAUGUGAGUUUCACCUCGUCAAGGAAACACCGGACUCAUUUUGAUGGAACUAAUAAUAUUGACGAAACCUGGAAAAUAACAUCAAUUCCUAUAAGUUUGACUUCAUUGAUUUUGGAGUAACUCAGUUCAUCUACCAGCUAUUGCUAGUCAUCCUGCUGCAUGUUCGUGUACAAGAAAUGAAAGUUGGCCAAGAUUUUAGCCAUCAACAUAAGUACCUCAUACUCUUUUAAACAUGGGCAUUAUUGAUUUUAGAUAUUUAUAUUUUGUUAGUGAUUGAGACAUGUUAUAAAGACUUCCUAGGUGCGCUGUAUCAUUUUAUAGGCUUUUAUCCAUGAAAGAGGCAUUAAAUCCAUCUCAUUCAACAGGACUUCAGCCUAAAUAUAAUCAUGCUUAAUUUUGAACACAGCUUGUCAGCAUUAAGGAGAAGGAAUGCACAAAUUUAUGUCUUGUUUUUCAUGUUCCUUGACAGAAUCCUAUUUGUAUUUCAACAUCACCAAGCAGUCCUUCACCUUGACACAGACUAUCCCUAUUCAGUGUUUUGGACUUGGAUCAUGCUUAAGGGUUAUGGGAAAAUGAUCCCUUCUCUGCAUUACCUUGAACUGAAUUGGACACAUUGAUUUAGUGUUUUGAAUGACAAUUCCUGGCAGUGAUAGAAACUAACAUCUUAUAACAUAGCAAAACCCUUGAGAGUGGCAAAUUUCUACUUCAAUGUGCUUAUGACUAUUUAAACUAUUGGCCAGUUUCAACCGAUGAUAGGUAAGGACAUUGACAAAUGUGUGACUGGAAGCCAUUGAUAAGAAUGAACAUGCUGGAGGCACCAUAAGAACCUGACAUUUGUCAAUAUCUCAAUGAAAAACUGUUCAAGGUGAAAUGACUUGAAGAUGGAUCCAACUGAAAUUCUAUGCGUGCCUUGUGGCACACUGACAAAAGUACCUUUCUAACCCCGUAUUGGGGGAUUGGUAACUCGAAAAAUUACCAGUAACGGUAAAACCCCCAAAUUUUUGUCAGUCCCAACUUUAAACAUGUAAAAAAACGUAUGAAUAUUACCUGCUUUUAAUUCUUUCAAAAUCACGUUCAUUUCAUCUCUGAACAUGCUGAAGUGACUUAGUUAGAUCUGCACAUCAUUCACACAAAGUUCAGUCCUUUUUCUCCUUUUUGUUUUUAAUAUUUCAAGAUGAAGUCACUACAAAUAUACUUUUAACCUCAAAGCAGAAUGUUAUUUUCUUGUACUAAAAAUCAACAAGGGGAAACCCUGACGGCAUCAGACAAGCUGACUGUAUUCGAAACAUAUACUUGUAUGAAUAUCACAGAUUUAUUAAAUACUAUAUUUGCCUGGCCACAGGGACUGGCAGUCACAUGAAUUACCGGUCCAAGCCUAAUUUUACCGGUAAAAAACUGGUAAUUACCUUUAAAUGGGAACACUGAUAAAUCUACAAAUGUUUGUUUUAAUCAUGACAGUUUACUCAGGAAAUCUCAAAUCCUCUAUUACCUCUUUGAACAACAAUGAACAAUCCUUUGGGUAUAAUUGUUUUCCCAACAAAAUGCAGAGAAUUUGGCAAUGACAGAAUCACCAAUGUUUCACUCAGUGACAUAUUUGGCUGAUGUGAGCUUAUUCAGAGUCAUGCCUGUCUUGUUGAAAUUUUAUAAUGCAUUUUGAUGUUUCUGUGUGAAAUGUCUUAAUGUGAGCGUGGUGUUGUGUCCUCAAUUAGUGGCCUGUAAACGUUUAAUUUCACAUCAUUAAAGUGCUUAUGUAAAGGUGAUUGAUGAAGAUGUUAUGCAAAUAAAUUUAUAAUAUGUA